UCACUGUCUGCCUGCGAUAUACAUAUAUAAACCCCAGGCAGCAGAGAUGUCAUGAGUUGAACAAGUGGAUGUGGUCGAGGUUGGAAUGCUCUCUCUGCAGUUAGUAGCUGGAGGUCCAUGUAUACAGAGUCCGGAUCUGAAUUUGAAAGGACGUGAAGCUUUGCUGAACAAGGAUAUGAGUUUGACAGAAUCCAAAGGCUAUGAACUGAAAUCCUCUUUGGAUUUCCCCAAUUGGGGCAGAAUUCCCCUGAGAGACUCUCUUCAGGCUGCCAAUUGUCCUGUCAAUGCCAAAGUGUCUUCCAACAACUUAACGAACAUGAGCAGCUUUGGCUGGAACGUUAUUGGUUCAAAAGAAAGGGGAACGAGCAGCAAAGCUGAAUCCCAGCCCAGCACAGGACAGGGAAACUGGAGUCUGAGGGCUCCUCACUGACUUCACUCGCCUACACCGAGCUACAGAUGAAGGUGGAUUUCUUCCGUAAAUUGGGUUACGCACCAGAUCAGAUCCAGAAGGUGGACCUCAGUGCCGACACCAACACCAUUCUAGGAGAGUUAGUGAAGGCGGAAGGCACGGUGGAGAAAGAAAGUGUUCCUGAGGAGCUCUGGGGUCCCACCCUAAUACCUCGAGGGGGAUCCUCAACCAAAACUCCAUCCAACGUCCCCAUCACCGAAGAAAUCCAAGAGCAGGAGAACAACCUGAGGACGAUUGUCAUCGAUGGUAGCAACGUGGCAAUGAGUCAUGGGAAUAAAGAGGUGUUUUCAUGCCAUGGGAUUCAGCUGGCUGUGAAUUGGUUCCUGGAGCGAGGUCACACAGAUAUCACUGUGUUUGUGCCGUCUUGGAGGAAAGAACAGUCAAGACCUGACGUGCCAAUCAGAGAUCAGCACGUUCUUCUGGAGUUGGAAAAGAGAAAGAUUCUUGUCUUCACCCCUUCACGGCGGAUUGGUGGCAAGAGGAUUGUCUGCUACGACGACCGCUUUAUUGUGAAACUGGCGCACGAAUCUGACGGCAUAAUUGUCUCCAACGACACGUACCGGGACCUGCAGAAUGAAAAGGCCGAAUGGAAAAAGUUCAUCGAAGAACGUCUCCUGAUGUAUUCCUUCGUGAGCGACAAGUUCAUGCCACCCGAUGAUCCCCUUGGACGUCACGGACCGAGUCUUGACAACUUCUUACGGAAAAAGCCUGUGGUUCCAGAAAACAAACGGCAGCACUGCCCUUACGGUAAAAAGUGCACAUACGGAAUUAAGUGUAAAUUCUAUCAUCCCGAGCGGAUCAACCACCCCCAGCGCUCGGUGGCGGAUGAGCUCCGUGCCAAUGCGAGGUCCUCGCCCACCAAGAACCUGAUGUCCACAGGACCUCACAAGGAGGAGAAACGCUGCAGUCCCCACAGGAGGCCGUAUCACUCCGAUGUGGGCAUGAGCGGGCUCUUGCCGUCCGAGAGGCCCCGGGUGGACAGGCAGUACUCACUGCAGAACGGGAGCUGUCUGGAGAGCAAGGCUGCGCUGAGCAAGUCCAUGGCCCACCGCAGCAGAGCCCCUGGGAUGCCCGGCAACGAGCAGUUCACUCACCCAGCGGUCAAUGAUUCAAUAUGCUCCAACUCACCCAAAAGUUACGAUGAAGGGUUCGCCUCGCUUGAUAAAGAUUUGUCAGGAAUUUGGCUGAGUGGCCACACUGAAGCCUACUCUAACAAUGGACAGUAUUAUCCACCUCUAUCCAGACAGUGCAGCUAUAAUUCCCAUGAAUCAAUGCCAUCUCUAGGGCUUGGUGGGUACCCUCACCAACAUCUACUGAGCUCAUGCCAGGGCUGCAUUCACAUGGACAGAAUACUCCAGACCCAAUACAGCCUUCCCAAUGACUUCCCUUCGCUUGGUGGCCAGAGCAGGCAUAACUGCUGGGUUGAUCCCCACCAUUCACACAGCAGCGAAGGGACCAGGAGUCUCCCAGACCCUCGGAGAUGGACAGGGAAGGGACAGGGACGUGAGCAGCAGCACCAGCAGGAACCCUACUGGAAAGGUAACCAGUGGCACAUGCCUGAGCCCUACAGGGAAGAGCGAGAGACUGUCCGCAUGAAGCUCCAGGCUAUCUUCCACCCCAGUCUGGUGGAUACAGUUAUGAACCAAUACCCACAAAUCCUUGAUCCCCAGCAGCUCGCAGCGGAGAUUCUGGCUUACAAAUCCCGAAACCCCAACGCUUAAACCACAGAGAACCAUCAACGUGUAAAACACCAGAAGAAGGGCCCUUCAGCCCGCGAUGUCCGCCCUGCCCUGCCUGACUCAAUUGCACCGUUGCAAAGAAGAAAGGGUGGAUGUAAAAAGAAAAUUGCUCGCUCGCUUGCUGGCCAAGUUGAUUUGAAUCGAAUGGAUUUUGAGACAAAACGUUAAUAGAUGACGGUGAUAGCUGACGUGAUGAUUAUCACAGCAUUGCCCGCGUUUUUCUUUAAAGAAUAAGCGCAUCAUUUGGUCAUCAAGUCAGUCGGAAAUGUUGUGCAUAUGCAUAUAAAUUGUGUAAAACGAGUAGCAUUGUAUAAGACUGAUAGAUUGUAGUGUAGAUGAUGCAAUCCUCACAUUUCACAUCACUGUUGUGAUUCCUGCUGACUCAGGGCAGUUAAGUAUUGCAUUCUGACGUGUGCUUGGGUGUUCAUGUUGAAGCUCUAGACAUCCCAAACUCCAGCCUGGCUCAAUUAGUACAACUGUCAGCUCUGAGUCAGAUGGUUGUGGACUUUGGGACAUGGAACUCAUUUAGUCUUUGCUGACAUUCCAAUGCUGGGGACAGCACACAUUGUUGGAAGUGCCG